AUGUCACUAGCGUUUGCACCACAAGACAUACGUCAAGGCGUACCAGAUCACCGUAGUACCGUCCAGGCUCUGCUGAAUGAAAACUCAUCCCUAAUAAAAACAAUAAGAGACUAUCUUAGUAUGGGACGAACUGAAGAUGCAGCAAAAUAUCAACAAUUACUACACCGCAACUUAGUUCAUCUCGCGCAGGCCGCUGAUCAGUCUCUCCUCUCACAACUAAGGGACGAAAACGCCCCGAAUGAUGAGAACCUUGUACAGCCGGCACCAGCUGCUGCAGAAGCUAACACACCCUCUGCAGCUCCAACACCAGGAGCUCCAUCAGUCGCAGCUCCUCCAGUUUCAACACCAUACACGAUGCAGCAACCGCCACAACCUACAUCUCAGCCGAUGAUGGCUCCACCAGUAAUGCAAAUGCAACCAUCCGUCGCAGCAAUGCCACCCACUUCGCAACCACAGAUGGGAAUGCCGAUGGGACCACCACAAGGCUACGGAUAUCCACCUCAAGGAAUGCCACCAGCUCCACAGGGAAUUCCGCCUGGACAAGUGAUGCCGGGUGGCUAUCCACCGCACGGUUUUGAACAACAGUUGAUGUACCAGCAGCAGCAACCACCACAGCAGCAACAGCCAUACAUGCGCUAG